GUUUGCGAGAAAGGACCAGAUCAUUGAUGAUAUGCACUUGGGGCCCGUCUGUGAGGGCCGCCGAUGUGACAUCAAAGCUGGGCUCAACAAUGUGCAGCUCGUUGUCCCAGUUGAGCUGAGCAACGGAUUCAACUUGCGCAUCCGAAUAGGGCCACCACCGUCUGCACAGCAACUUCCCCAUGCUCCAGGAGCCCACUUUGAAGAUGUGGCUUUCCUUAUGCAGAUUCGGAGCGACCUUCCGACCAUUCCCAUACCCCGUCUCCCUUGGGAUGGAACGAGGAGCUUCGAGGAGAUGGACACUAUACACCUCAUGCAGAGGCAAAUUAGUCGCAGAGGUCGUCCUUCACAGGUUAGUGCAGACAUGGACUUGGUGCCGAUUGAUUGUCCCAUCUAUGGGCCUGCCUCCCGAUCUGUCUUGCUGCUGCAGGAUGAGUUUGUUCAAGCGCUUCAACUCAUCUGGGAGGCUCAAGCAUUUGCCUGGGAAGGUGAACAGCGCACUGGGAAGAUCCUUACGUGGUUUGUUGACCACCGAGAAGGGCUACCUGUUUGCUUGGCUCCACGCCCAGUUAGUUUGCAAGAGGACUAUACUCACUGGCAUGCGGCUAUUCACCAGACUUGGGCUGACAUUGUUGAUGAUUCACUUGCGAUUGAGUACCACAUUGUGAACCCUACGCCAUCUUUCUUGGAACCAAAUAUUAUGGCACACAUUGUGGUGAUUCAAGCUCCCCAACCUGAUGUGGUUACUAGUGUAGUCACCAUCUUUGACCCAUGGCUAUCUCCACGACCUGGCCCAUAUACGCGACUGGUAGUGACCACGCCUGAACAAGUCCAGCAGCGUGAUCUAGUCCAUGUCACUUCAUUUGCCGAACGUUGUUUUCAUCCGGCUUCAGCGUAUGCUUGUGAACUCUGGCAUGGAGAACAGCAGCUGCUGCUGGAGCACUCGCACCAAGGACGCAAUGGAAAUGGCUACGACCUGUAUGUAGUCGUGCGAGAAGGGAAGCGAUUUGGCCAGCGAAGCCAUGAGGAAUGGGAGGACGACAGCAUUGCACUAUUGCAAAGGAGUGCAGUGCAACAACAGGCUGAUAAGGCCCCACCAGAACGAUUUCCAUGGCCGCCUACUCAGCAAACUGUUUGUUUUCUUGAGACAUUCAAAGCCUUUGACCAGUUUGACACCCACCUCUUCCUGCCGGUCUUUGACUUACCGCAGGUUGCUGCACCGCACCCAGCGGCGGAAUGGACUGCGAAGUGGUGGGACCAUGAAACUCCUGGCGAUAUUGUAUGCAUCUAUGUUGAUGGAUCUUACUGCAGUUGCCCACAAGAAGGGGAGGUAUGUGCAGGAGCGGCUGUUGCAGGUUUUCUCCAUACUUCGCGUGGUUGGGUCUUUCUGGGAGCCCUUAGCAGUGCGAUUGAAACAGCUUCAAGUGCUUACACAGCAGAGCUGUACGGUUCUAUUGCUGCCCACAAGUUCAUCUAUGAUGUGCUCAAGCUGCAUAAGCUGAUCGAUGCUGCACCACCACAAGUCCUUCUUCGCUAUGAUGCGCUCACGGUAGGCAACCAAGCAGCAGGGCAUUGGAGCAGUAUCACGCACCGGGAUUAUGGCAGCUUUUUGCGUGCACUAGCCCUCCUUGUUGAGACCAAGUACCAUACAUCCAUUCAAUUUGAACAUGUGCGGGGCCACUCUGGCGAGAUUGGCAAUGACUUGGUCGACCAGCUGGCCAGUGAAGCACGCAGUCACGGAGGCUUGACGCCAUUUGCAAAGUGGAUUGAUCACCAAGUCCACACAGCUGCUCAUGCUCAAGCGCAUUGGUUUUGGCUUCUCUUUGCCACUGAGUACAGACACCUUUGGCAUGGACUUGACUUGCGUGUGCCUGCCCCGACUACAGAGCCCACUCCAGCGGUAGUUCCCACUGAUGAGUCUGCGGCAGAACAGGCAGCAUAUUGCAAUCCCAACGACAUUGACUGGACAGGGUUGGCAGAUUCAAUCCAUUUUGAAGUUGAUGUUCAUACACAUUUCCAGACCCUCCAUGAUCAAGUUGUUCAGCACUUGCGACCUCAAUGCCGCAAACGAGCUCGGAAGCCACUGAAGCAGACUCUCUCUGAAGAGACUUGGGCGCUGGUCUGUGAGAAGGCUAAAUGGCGCAAGCAGCUGAAGGAGUACAAUUUCCUCCAACGACAAGCAGCUUUGGAGCAAGUCUUUCAAGCAUGGAAGAUGGGACAAGCCACCCUACCAGAUGAAUAUGGACGGCUGCGUCAGCAGCAAGAUGUUUUAGUGGCUGGAGCCUUGUGGGAGUUCCGGCGACUUGGCCGGAAGGUCACUCAAGCUAUGAGACGAGAUGACAAAGGCUUCUUCACCAGCUUGCUGACAGAUGGAGCUGAAUUUUUGCAUCCGAAGGAUGUGAAGCAACUCUGGGCGGUUAUACGACGCUCCAUCCCCAAAUUCCAGAACAGGAAGAUUGGAUACAGCCCAUAUCGCCUGGCCAGCUUGGAAGCCACGAGUGAGCGGCAUUUUCAAAACCUUGAACUUGGCGAACCGAGAGAGAAGGAAGACCUCAUGCAAAGAUGUCUCCAAGGUCAGUCUGCUGCUGCUGCACAUGAUCUACCAGAUCGAAUUGACCUUGGUAAUCUUCCAACGCUGAUUGAGGUAGAGAACUCCCUGAGGGCUACGCAAGCAGAUCGAGCCACCGGCUUUGACCAAGUCCCAUCGGCAGUGUAUCACCAGCAUGCAGCAUUUUUGGGGCGUUACUUUUAUCAAGUCGUUCUCAAGAUGUUCCUAUGGGGCGCUGAACCAUUGCAAGGGAAAGGUGGCUACUUGAAGAUGAUUCCAAAGAAGCCAGGUGCGAUCCAACUAGCAAGACUGCGCAUUGAGUUUCACAAGAUGCUCCGCACCAUCUUGCGCUGUGAAGCAGGGGAACAGCUUAGCAAUGCACAGAGGGGUGGCGCCAACCCAUGCUUUGCAGCCCUUACCAAGCAUGGCUACACCGCAGAACAUUGCCGGCAAGAAGCGCCUGGGGAAUGCCGACAGGCUGUGCGCAUGGAUGCGAUGCAAGCAGAAGGCCCUCUCAUGCAGUUUGGGAAUCAAUGGACCCAGCGUAUGAACGAUGUGGCUGAGGAGAUUGCUGCGUUGGAAAUGCGACUCCAGAUCCCAGAUGUUCCCUUUGACCACAUUGAGUAUGGCAUGCGGCUUGGGGAUGCUCUGACCGUGACAACCCGGAAGUGGUCGGCAGCGUUCUGCAGCCGUGGGUCAGGAGAAAUCCCUGAUGUGAUUGACUGCUGGAUUCGACUCCUGUCAGUCUUUGGCAAUGAAUUUGAUGACUGGGCGGCGCACAUCUUCAUCCAAUGGGGCCAGGACAUCCUCCCGGACAUUAUCGCGGAGCAGAUGGACGGUUAUGUCGAGGAGAUCUUGGACCAGAAGUUUGCAGAGUGCGCGGAGCUUUUUCCGCGAACAGAACUGGCUUCUCGAUUGGCCCAGCUACACCAACGCUACAAAGGUCUCCAGGAAGCUGCAGAGGCGCCUAGCGUCCCACAUCGACCAGUGCGGCGAGGGACAGCUAACCCAAGGGAGCGCAAGGCUACCCAGCAGAAGGUGCCUAGUGCCUUCUAUGACCAGGUGGAAUGGCAAGCAGCAUGGCGUCAGCUGAAGUGGUUCGACUUCAUGAAGAAGCGUGAGAUUCCCAUGUUGCCUGGUGACAGCGGCUGCCCCACCUUCCUUGUGGUCCACCUCUUUUCGGGGAGGAGGCGCGAGGGCGAUUUCCAUUGUCAUAUGCAACGACAGGCAGCUUUGUUAGGGGUGAAGUUUGUCAUCUUGUCGAUGGACACUGCCGUGUCACCCACAUGGGGUGACUUGUGGCACACCUCUGAGUCUUGGGCGAUGUUGGAGCGCUUGUACGCCUGGGGCAUGGCCGCUCUGUCCGCGAACUCCGCCAAGCACAUGCAGGCUCCAACUUCUUCCUCCAGGGUCUUAAGGCACUUUGUGGACAUCUUGUACAUGGAGGGCUUUACCUAUCGGAACAUCCGGCCAUGCCAGCUGAUCUGGCGCGGCCUUCUAUUUGGCGGGCAUCAGCUACGGAGUUGCUGCGCCAACAUGGAGAUGUUCGGUAUUCCCAGGCUCAUGCGGUCCAUGCAUGCGGAGGUGGAUGCGGAAGCCGUGAAGCCGACCACCCCCGCGAUCGGCAAAGACGACUUGGGAGCAUUCCGGACGGCGAAACUAAAAGAAUACCCCAACAGAUUUUGCUCUGCUCUAGCACGUGCUUUUGGCGACCAACUACGUGAAGAAGUCCGAAAGGGGCAGACCAGACAGGCUGAG